CAGGGCGGGAGGCGCGCCCGGCGGCGCCGCGGGGGACCGGGUGGGGGCCUGCGGCCAGCCGGGGGCGGAGAAGCGGGGGGUCGGGGUCCCUCCCCCUGGCGCGGGCUCAGGAAUCCGCCGAGGGGCGGGCGGAGGCGCCGGGGUGGGCCGCGCGGCGGGCGGCGGGCGGGGGGCGCUUCCUGGGGCCGCGCGUCCAGGGAGCUGCGCGUCCGCCCGUCCGCCCGUCCGUCCGCCCGUCCGUCCGCCGGUCCGUCCGCCCGCAGGCGCUGCCGAGCCGCCGAGCCGCCGAGCCCGGGCCGCGGGACGUCGCGGACCCGAGAUGCUGCCCUGCGCUUCCUGCCAGCCCGGGGCGCUGCUGCUCUGGGCGCUGCUGCUGCUGCUGCUCUUGGGGGCCGCGUCUCCCCAGGACGCCGAGGAGCCGGACAGCUACACGGAAUGCACAGACGGCUACGAGUGGGACGCCGACAGCCAGCACUGCCGGGACGUGAACGAGUGCCUGACCAUCCCCGAGGCCUGCAAGGGUGAAAUGAAGUGCAUCAACCACUACGGCGGCUACCUGUGCCUGCCGCGCUCGGCCGCCGUCAUCAACGACCUGCACGAGGGGCCGCCGCCGCCAGUGCCUCCCGCCCGCCACCCGACCCCCUGCCCGCCGGGCUACGAGCCAGAUGAGCAGGGCAGCUGUGUGGACGUGGACGAGUGUGCCCACGCUCUGCAUGACUGCCGCCCCAGCCAGGAGUGCCACAAUCUGCCCGGCUCCUACCAGUGCACCUGCCCCUCCGGCUACCGCAAGAUUGGACCCGAGUGUGUGGACAUAGAUGAGUGUCGCUACCGCUACUGCCAGCACCGCUGCGUCAACCUGCCCGGCUCCUUCCGCUGCCAGUGUGAGCCGGGCUUCCAGCUGGGGCCCAACAAUCGCUCCUGUGUGGAUGUGAACGAGUGUGACAUGGGGGCCCCGUGCGAGCAGCGCUGCUUCAACUCCUACGGGACCUUUCUGUGUCGCUGCCACCAGGGCUACGAGCUCCACCGGGACGGCUUCUCCUGCAGCGACAUCGACGAGUGCAGCUACUCCAGCUACCUCUGCCAGUACCGCUGCGUCAACGAGCCAGGCCGCUUCUCCUGCCAGUGCCCGGAGGGCUACCAGCUGCUGGCCACGCGCCUGUGUCAAGACAUUGACGAGUGCGAGUCGGGUGUGCAUGAGUGCUCUGAGGCCCAAACCUGCGUCAACUUCCAUGGGGGCUACCGCUGCGUGGACACUAAUCGCUGCGUGGAGCCCUAUGUCCAGGUGUCCGACAACCGCUGCCUCUGUCCGGCCUCCAACCCCCUGUGCCGGGAGCAGCCGUCGUCCAUCGUGCACCGUUACAUGAGCAUCACCUCGGAGAGGAGCGUGCCUGCCGACGUGUUCCAGAUCCAGGCCACCUCCGUCUACCCCGGCGCCUACAACGCCUUCCAGAUCCGUGCCGGGAACUCGCAGGAGGACUUCUAUAUUCGGCAAAUCAACAACGUCAGUGCCAUGCUGGUCCUCGCCCGGCCCGUGACGGGCCCCCGGGAGUACGUGCUGGACCUCGAGAUGGUCACCAUGAACUCCCUCAUGAGCUACCGGGCCAGUUCUGUCCUGAGACUCACCGUCUUCGUGGGGGCCUAUGCCUUCUGAGGAGGGAAGGGGCGUCCCUGGCGC